GAAACAGGCCAGAAGACAUAUAUCGAAACAGUUCAGUCCUGGUAGGAUUUAAAAACUGCACAAGCACUAUUUUGUGCUUAAUAAUCUACCCGGAGUACCAGGACAAGGUGUUUAAAGAGAUUGAAAAAAAAAACAUUGCCAGAGACCGUCAGCCAACUCAUGCAGACAUAAUUAUUGCCCAAAUCUAGAAGCAUUAGAACUCGAAGUACACAGACUUAUGACGGUGGUACCGACAUUCGUAGGUCGUGUGUGUAGAAGAGAUAUCAACGAUUUAGAAGGUUACGACAUACCGAAAGGGACUUUGAUCAUCGCUAACAUCUGGCGAGUCUACCAUGAUAGCAAAAUAUGGGGAGAUUCGUGGAAUUUUCGCCCUGAACGCUUCUUAGAUGCGGAUGGACAACCUCUUAGUAGGGACAACAUUUUACGGAAAUCGUGGAUGCCAUCUUCCGUAGGAAGAAGACAAUGCCUUGGGGUCAAGAUAUAUCCUGUAUAUGGCAUCCCUGUUUUGGAAAUGGAAAUUAGUUGGUUCCCCCGGGGAAUUUGGACCUCUAGAUGCAAACCAUUUGAAAAACUAUGACACUGCAAUCACAGUUCGGCCAAAAGCGUUCUUCUGCACAGCGGAUAAAAGAACUUAAAAUUAGCAUAAUACAUGUUGACAAAUAUCUUAUUUUCCACUUUCCUGUCAAAAAGAAGUCUUUGUGUACAUGAAACAAAACCUGUUUUCGCAUUAACCUGAGAGAACGAUGUCAAAAAUCAUAUUAUGUAAUAGGUUUGUACUUUGUCAUUGUGCAUCAGUUAUAAAACUUUCAAAACAGGACAUUGAUUAAACUAGCGUUAUUUUGUGUACUAUAAUUUCAGGUUUCAAAAGUUGAAUCUAAACUAUGAUACCGGUAUUUGGAGAGCAUGCGCGUGUAUAACGCUUAUAUAACAUAAUGACCUCUGUAAUGUAA